GUCACAAUCAAACUACAAACUAUGUGUGUGGGUGUGUGUAUAUAAGCAGAGAGCGAGGGAGAGAAGUGAUAAUAGAGGUAGUAGCUGGUAGGUUGAGAUGGAAGAAAAGAGUGAAUAUAAAAAAGGGCUGUGGAGUGCAGAGGAGGACAGCAUCCUAAUGGAGUACGUAAGGAAGCAUGGGAAAGGGAAAUGGAAUCGGAUACCCAAAGUAACAGGCCUCAAGAGGUGUGGGAAAAGCUGCAGAUUGAGGUGGAUCAAUUACCUUAGUCCCGGUGUUAAGCGUGGUCGUUUCUCCGACCAGGAGAAUGAUCUUAUCAUCCGCCUUCAUAACCUACUCGGCAACAGGUGGUCACUCAUAGCUGGUCGGGUUCCAGGAAGAACAGACAAUCAAGUGAAGAAUCAUUGGAACACUCAUUUGAGCAAAAAGCUUGGGAUCAUCAAAAAUCCUACUGCUCAUUCUUCACAAUCCCAAACUCCCUCCAAGUCUAGUAGAGAUGAUGAUAAUAGCCAUAGCCAAGCUCAAGACCAGGUGAUGAUGACCACCACAGAUGCCUUGCCCUCGCCUCGUGACUACGGAAACGGAAGCUCUUCUUGGUUUUGGCAAUGUCAUAACAAUGAUCAUUUCAAUUUGCAUACACCUACCCCUGUCAAUGUCUUGGACUUACUAGACCACGACCACCGCGUCUCUCUUGAUUUUGUUUGGCAUGGCUUUGCCUAACCUUGUAAUCUCUGCACUCCUUUUUCUCACCUCAAUUAUUGUUUUCUACUUUGGAUUGGAUUGCAACAUUUAUUAUUAUUUUUACUACUUCCUCUGUUUUCCUUCUUUCUUUUGUGUUAUAUCAUAUGGAUUGGAUUGCAUUGUUAUAAUUAAUAAUUGAUUACUCCUUA